CGCUACCGACCGAAUCUGCCUCUCUCUCGUGCGCGCUCUCUUAGUAGUCAGACGUGUUUGUCUUGAGUUCUGCUACUCAGUUUGGCCCUUGUUUGCCUACCACGACACCACGGCAGCAUGAGAACGCUACUGGACAGCAGCUGGAUAAAGUUUGGGCCAGCCGGCAGAGGGUCCAUCGAUUGGGUGACUGGGUCACCUUCUCCCCCCAUGGUGGAGAGACAGUUACAGGGCUACAACUGGAAUGAGCUGAACCUCGACCAGGAAGGGAGGUCAGAGCUGCUCCUCUACGUGGUCCUUCCCGUCACCUCCCUCCUCAUGCUGGGCCUCCUGGUACUCCUGGCCUACUGGAGGUGCUCCUCUCCAAAGCUCAGCCUGGCCCAAAUCAUCACCCUGGACCUCCAGGACCCCGAGAGCAGCGUUGAGUUCCUCUCCUCGCUCACCAGCCACGGCGAACGCCGCACCAGCACCAGCUCUGACAUGUCGGACAGUGUGUUCGUCAUGGUCUACCUGCCGCCGCCCUACGAGGAGACGCUGACGAAGAUCACGCGUGCCGCCAGUCUGACCAGCCGCAAAGAGUCCAUGAAGAUAGAGGACCUGGAGGCCCGCCUGUGUCCGGAGAUCAAGUCCAGUGGACGCUACGUGUGACUGGGGAACACUGGGAGUGUUUCUCAAAUGGCACCCUAUUCCCUAUAUAGCCCACAUAGGGCUCUGGUUAAAAGUAGUGCACUAUGUAGGGAGUAGGGUAUAUGGUAUAAUUUCGGACUAGAACUAAGAGAUUGCUUUUGAAGGGACUCAAUAUAGCAAGCUCUGUAGAAUAAGGGGAUUUCAAUGGACUAUGUAAAAACAUCAGACCUGAGUUCAUCUUUUGUGGGUACCAGCUUUCUACACAGAGGAGUGUGCAAUUGCAUAGAAGCUGGAAAUUGCAUUGACUGGCUGUACAGGAUACAGUACAUCUAGAUUCUCUAGAGAGGACAUAUGCUGACUAUGUACAA